CUCCUUCACUUCCAACUUACACAACUGUUUUCCUCCGCUCUACUUGGAUGCGUUGGUUGUUCCUACUGGCCGAAGAGCGGAAAAUGCCCGUGGCCGACGCGUAGACAGACGUAGCGUCGACGAAGAUUUCGGCUGAGCGAUCGUCGUAAGCGACACUAAUCGAGGUGCAUUAAUUGUGAUGGAAUUCCAAAAAAAUUGAGCUGGAGUCGUUUUUGAAAAUGCAUGCUUCAGGAAGGAGAAGAGAUGGCGACGAGCCUCCUUAUUUAACGGAAGGCACAGAGGUCAGUGCCAAGUACAAAGGAGCCUUUUGCGAGGCAAAAGUUAGGAAAGUUGUUCGUUCCGUCAAGUGCAGGGUCACUUUGAAAUCAGGAGGAACUAUAGUGGUGCAGGAUGAUCAAAUCACUGGACAUUUGAUGAAUGGAGCAAAUGUUGAAGUCAAAUUGCCAGACAAGAAAGAUCCUAUCGAGGGCACUAUUGCCAAAAUACAAGACUGUAGUCAGUACACCGUAGUUUUCGAUGAUGGGGACAUCACAACAUUGAGAAGGACUGCCUUGUGCCUAAAAAGCGGCCGUCACUUUGCAGAGGGGGACACCCUAGACAAACUUCCCCUGACUCACCCUGAGCAUUUCAGCAACCCAGUGGUCAACAACAGGCGAGGCAGACGCAGCAGGCAGGCCCAUGAUGAUAGCAUGGACGAUGACGGUCCCAAGAAAGGCAAGAAGAAGGAGGAAAGGGAGGCAGACAUUGGCAAGGUUGUCUGCGUUGAGGUUGGUGAUAAGAAAAAGGUCAAGGACAACUGGUUUCCUGGAUUGGUAGUAGAGCCAACUGCACAAGACACUGUAAAGAUCAAUGUUAAGGACGAGUACCUUGUCAGAUCCUUUAAGGACGGUCGAUAUUACACGGUGCCAAAGAAGGAAGCAUUUGAGUUCACAAGGGAGAUAGGGGCUAAGGUGGACAACAAUAGCCUCAAAGCUGCUGUUGACAAGGCAGUCCUCUUUUUGGACAAGGACGAACUUCCUCCUCACUGGGACAGAGACCUUUUGUUUGGCCUAGAGGAAUCCUCAGACAGCGACACUGAUGGAUCUGAUUCUGAAUCUGAAAGGCAAGAAGACAAGGACCAAUUUGUAGCCAAGCUUUUUACCUUCAUGGAAGGCUGCGGCUCACCCAUUAACAACGCACCUUCAAUCUAUGACGAGGAUCUUGAUUUGCACAAACUUUUCAAAGUGGUUGAGAGACUCGGAGGCUACAAUAAGGUGACUGCUCAAAGCCAGUGGAAGCUUGUGACUCAAAAGCUGAACCUGAUGAAUAUUACUGCCAACACCACUACUGCCAAUCUUGUCAAAAAUCUUUACAAAAAAUAUUUACAUGGUUUUGAGGAUUUCAACCGGAAACUUGGUUGCACAAUGCAGAACUCGCCACACAGCAAAUCGAGAAGGCGUACAGGGGGUCGAAGUAUCAUUAGGGAAAAGGAUCGUGCAACACCCGUGUCCAAGCCAUCCGUCGAGAAAGAGAAACAACCAUCGCCAGCUGCUGCUACCCCUAAGUCAGAGAAAAAGGCUGAGAAGGGAAAGCAGCAAGUUAAGUCGGAGAAAAAAACUGAAGAGGGAGUGAAGAAGGACUCUAAGGUAAGGAGCGAGCGUCUUCAGAACAAGAAAGACGAGGGCAAUUUCAAGAAGAGGCUGUGGAAAGAGGACAGCCAGUCUGACAACGAAGGUGGCCCACCCCCUCCGAUUCAGAAUCAGAGGGUUGAACCUUCGACUUCAAGCACCCCAGAGCCCAAGGUGGCCAAGCGCAAGGUUGAGAGUGAAGAGAGUUCUGACGAGGAGGAGCUGCAGGCAGAAAAGAGAGAGAAGAGGGUUAAGACAAGAAUCGCUGAAGAGGAGAAGUUAAAGAAGAAAAGUGAGACGCCAGAUAAGAAGGUGGGUGAGGUGCAGACACCGAUCAGAGAGGAAAAGAAACCCUUGGUCAAGAGCAAGGCCAAGGAUGGCGACGACUCAAGUAGUUCAACAGCAGGGUCUAUUACACCAAGCACAGUGGUUGCUAAAAAGCGGGGAAGAAAGAGAAAAGAGAGUGAAAAAACUGAAGAACAUGUGUACCUGGCAAGUGAUAUUCAAAUCCAAGUUGGUGAUAAGUUGAAGGUUUAUUAUGGGCCCCAAGAUGAAGCCAAGGUCACAUACGAAGCUAAGGUUAUAGACAUCGAUGUUGCGGGAGGCACAUACAUGGUGCAUUACACUGGCUGGAAUACGCGGUACGAUGAGUGGGUCAAGAGGGACAGGAUAGCAAUCAACUUAAGUUGGACACCUGCGAGAGCAAAGCGAACGGGCAGGCCUCCUGCACAGCCUUCACCCAGCCCUCAAACCAAGGGUCCUUCAAAAGUUGUUCCAAGUGGUCCUCCCAACAUGCGAUCGUCGAGAUCAGGCAAAGAUAGCUCAACACGUUCCACAACACCCUCUUCUGUCACUUCCUCGUCCAGCCGGACAAAAUCGCCAGCACAAAGCAGCAGAGCACAACGAGCGGUCAAAAGGUCAGAGAGGCUGAGAAGACCUAGAAGAAUUUCGGGCACAGACGAUAAAUAUUCCGACUCUGAGUCUGAUGAGUCCGAUGAUGAUGAAGAGGAGGAGGCACCAAGGCCCAGGCUAAGGAGAGACUCAACAAGUGGCUCCGACGGAAAAGUUGGCAGAAGGAAAAUUGUGAAGAAAGAGGUCUUGGAUGAGGAGGAAGGCAAAGAUUCGGACAGUCAGGAUUCGAAGAGAAGAUCCAAGCGAGAUCAAAAGUCAGCAGAUUCCGACUCAAAGGAAGAGGAAGAUGAUGAAAGUGUGGACGAGCAGAAGGGCCGCAACUUUAACCUGAGUCAGCUGAGGUCAGAGAUGAGGGGUUUCGACAAGGCCCUGAAAUCAACUGAAACUGCGCAGGACGCCCAGAAACUUGUCGAAGUGAAGACGGAGUCGCUAGCUAAAGAGGCCAGGUCUGAAGAUCUCUUUUCAAUGGAUGAUGAUGACAUCUACGAGUUCAAGGAGCCUGAGCCGUUUAAACCAGAGAACAGACUGAAGAGGGAAUCUGUCCCUGAAGACAAGUUUAAAGCUGGAAGCGGCAGCAGUAAGCAAACGCCCCCAAAGGCUGAAUCUCCGGCUACCAAGAGGAAAUUUGCCAAGAAGGAUGCUAACAAGACGAGUAGCAUAGAUUUGCCCAUUGUAGAUGAAAAGAGGCGGCGGCGAACAACUAGCAAACAGGAUGAGGUCACGUUGGACAAGGACUGGUCUGCGGGUAGUGGCGACUCCUUCAAGAGCCUCAGCGCCAGUCCACCUGCCUUCUCUGCAGAUAUUCCUUCUACCACCUUGGGAAGCGGCGGAAAGAAGCCCAUAUAUGCGUCCACCAGUCUUUUUGGAGACCCACACUCUGGUCAAGAGGAUGAGGAGCAAGACGAUAGGCUGGUCAUUUCGGAGAGCGCUGCCGGUGAAAGCCCUUCGCUGCCUUUUGAGAUUGAGCCGUCCGUAGAGGGCAAGAAGGAAGAGGCUGCUGUUGAGGAAAAGCAAGGCAAGGAGUUGGCAGAGUUGGUGGUCAAGACAGAAGAGAGUGAUGAGGGCACCCUGGCCAAGGUGCCUGUAAGCGAUACUUAUAGAAAGUACCUGGAAGAGGCGGGCGAGUGGCCAAAAAGGAAACAGGAUCUCAUCCAUGAGACCAUUGAGCGCGUCAUACAGCAAGCUGGUGAUGAGAAGAAACUGGUCAAGCCAUCAACCAGCACUUCUACAGAGUCCCUCCCACCAAAGGUGACCCUUCUCAAGGCUGUGCCCAUCACCGAGGUUAAGAAUCUGAGUAAGGACAGCCCAUUGGUUGCUGCCAGUAAAAUUAAGGUGGAGGAUUUGAAAAAGACUACCUUGGUGGCCGCCGGCAAAGGAACACAGAUCUCAUUUCUUGUGCACACGGUCACAAAGAAGGUUGAGCCCGUCAAGCCAGAAGAGGAAAAGAGCGUAAAGGCGCCAGCUGAGAACCUCAGCACCAAGCCACUGCAGAGCUGGAAGUCAAAUUCACGUGAGCUGUGCAAGGCAUUACGCAAGGAGCCUCGCAAGAAGGCUCUAAAGAAGACAGUCAGCAAAGAGUUCAUUGAUGACGAUGAUUCAAGCUCCGAAUCGGACAGCAGUGAGGACCUGAAGCUGGUCAUUGACAGGCUGGAGGAGUCGGGCCAGGAGUCGAGCGACUCAGAAUCUGUUGGCAGCAAGAAAAAGAGCAAGCAGGACAAAAAGAAGCAGCAGGCUGAUGAGGAGGAGAGUAGUCUCAACUCGCUUCUCUGUGAAGAGACCAUACCUGGUAGCCCUGUGCCCGGUGAGGAGCAAGUUGUGGUGCCCAAAAAGGUCAGCCAGGAAGCGCCCAAGGUCAGGGAAAUUCCUUUCGCCAGCAUGGUGGCAGGUGGAAGCAGCGCUGAGGGAGGAAAUGCUGAUGGGCCCUCCACCUCAAAGGGGUACGCCGCCCCUGCCGCUGAAGAGAAGCCUGACCUGCGGAAGGACGAAAACGAUGCAGCCCCAGUAAUGGAGAACACACCACCCACCACACCUGACAGCUCAAGUUCAAUCUCCGGAUCACCUGCAAGGGACCAAAGUGAGAAAUCUCCAAAGCAGGACAGUGGCAAGUCUGAACAAGACUUGUCUGAGGUGGACCUAGACAGCCCCAUUGAUGGCGCCAAGGGCGAAAGCGAGGACUCAAUGCUCAAUGUGGAUGUGGGUUGCGAAAGUCCAACAACGGGCAAAGGCAAGACGCCCCAGAAAAAGGGUGCAGCGGCGGCCAAAGACAACCUUGAUUCUCUUGGCAAGAAAACUAAACGCAAGAGCAGAAAAGAGGCUGAGGUGCCCACACCGAAGCGAUCACGUUAUUCUGCAGGCAGAAGCGCUAGGAAUAUGGACGCCGCCAGCGACAGUGAUGACAAUGUGGAUAGUACUAAUUUAAUGAGCAUUAGCAUUGCUAACACUGACAAUCUGCUGGCCAAUCAACCUUCAAGACCUUCUCGGUACAACUUUUAUGCAGAACUAGACCCUUCCAUGGAGUGCAGCCAAAGGAUACAAUUGCUGCAGACUCGUUUGCAGGAGCUGAGGAAAACGUACAUGACCGUGAAGGCGGAACUGGCGUUCAUUGAUCGGCGAAGAAAGAAACUGCGACGCAAGGAGAGGGAGGCGAGCAAAACGACAGCUUCCAAACAGGAGGUCUGGUGUGCAACAUGACCGACAAAGAGGUCCAGCAACCAGCAGCCCUUAGGCUCAGCAGCAAUCAACAGGCUAACACGGCCACAACUCAUUCAAUUACCUUAAAGGAGUCUGCAUGUUUUUACAAAGUAGAUUUAGAACCAAUUUUCAACUGCAAAGAGACGACAUGAACAUCUAGAUAAAGCAUUUUUGCAAGGAAUGCUGCAUUUAUUGUGUAUAAAUUGGAAAAACGAACUUGAAACAUAUCAGGGUUACUAUGCAACCUGAUUUUGUCUUGAACAAUUCUGUAAAUUAAUUGGAACGUUUACACCUAAAAAUAUUUAAAUGAAAUGGACAUAUAAAAAUGCAGUGUAAAUAUGAUUUUUAUAGGCACUCUUUCAGUUCGUGUUUGAAUUGUUCUGAACUCAUUUCCUACUAUGUUGACGAUGUUAAAAAAAAACUUCUUAAAAUUGUACGCAGCAUUAAGAAAUGUAGUACUUUGUGUGAAUUUAUGGAAAUCGCAAUUGAUUAAAGCUGGAUUAAAGUAAUUAAUAUAAUGUUAUUGAAUUUAAA